AUGACUACUGAUAAUACCACUGUUUUCGUUUCUGGUGCCACUGGUUUCAUUGCUUUGCACGUUGUAAGCGACUUAUUGAAAGCUGGUUACAUAGUUAUCGGCUCAGGUAGAUCUAAAGAAAAAAACGAUGGCCUUUUGAGAAGAUUCAAUAACCAUCCUAAUCUUUCGGUGGAAAUUGUUAAGGACAUUGCUGCCCCAAAUGCUUUCGAUGAAGUUUUUAAAAAACACGGCAAGAAAAUCAAGGUCGUUUUACACACAGCCUCUCCAUUCCAUUUCCAGACUACUGAUUUUGAAAAAGAUCUUUUGACUCCAGCUGUCAAUGGUACUAAGUCAAUCUUGAAAGCAAUUAAGGAAUACGCUGCAGAUACUGUUGAAAAAGUCGUCAUUACUUCUUCCGUUGCUGCCCUUGUAAAUCCUGGUGACAUGGGCAACCCUAGUUUACUCAUUAGCGAGGAAAGUUGGAACAGAGAUACUUGGGAGAGUUGCCAAGCUAAUGCCGUUGCCGCAUACUGCGGUUCCAAGAAGUUCGCUGAAAAAGCUGCUUGGGAAUUUCUCAAAGAAAACAAAUCAAGUGUAAAGUUUUCACUGUCCACUGUUAACCCAGGAUACGUCUUUGGCCCUCAGAUGUUUGCCGAUUCACUCAAAAACGGUAUAAAUACCUCUUCAGGUAUUAUUGCCGAGUUGGUUCAUUCCAAGGCAGGUGGCCAAUUCCAGAACUACAGUGGGGUAUUUAUUGAUGUUCGUGACGUUUCAAAGGCUCACUUAGUUGCGUUUGAAAACCCUGAAUGUGCCGGUCAAAGAUUAGUCUUGAGCGAAGGCUUAUUCUGCUCCCAAGAAGCCGUCGAUGCUUUGAACGAGGAAUUUCCACAAUUGAGGGGUAAGAUAGCUACUGGUGAACCUGGCAGCGGUCCAAGCUUCUUGGAAAAAAACUCUUGCAAGUUUGACAACUCUAAGACCAAGAAAUUACUGGGCUUCAAGUUUUAUAACCUCAGAGACUGCAUUGUUGACACCGCAUCACAAAUGUUAGAAGUACAAAAUCAAGUUUAA